AUGGCUGACGAGAACUACAACGCCGAGGAGGCUGCCGAGCUCAAGAAGAAGAGAGCAUUCCGCAAGUUCUCCUACCGCGGAAUUGAUCUAGACCAACUCCUCGACCUUUCCUCCGAACAGCUCCGCGAUGUCGUCCACGCCCGCGCUCGCCGUCGGUUCAACCGCGGCCUCAAGCGCAAGCCCAUGGGUUUGAUCAAGAAGCUCCGCAAGGCCAAGCAGGAGGCCAAGCCCAACGAGAAGCCGGACCUGGUCAAGACGCACCUUCGUAACAUGAUCGUUGUGCCGGAGAUGAUUGGCAGCGUUAUCGGUAUCUACUCCGGCAAGGAAUUCAACCAGGUCGAAAUCAAGCCGGAGAUGGUUGGUCACUACCUUGCAGAGUUCUCGAUCUCAUACAAGCCGGUCAAGCACGGAAGGCCGGGUAUCGGUGCAACGCACUCUUCGCGUUUCAUCCCUCUUAAGUAA